AUGAGCGCCGUCGCCGAGUACUGCCUGCCCUCCCUGCUGCGCACGCUCAUCGACUGGUUCAAGCGGCAGAACGGCGUGGACGACGAGUCUCACGAGUAUCGCCCACGCUCCAGCACCAAGUCCAAAGGGGACGAGCAGCACCGUGACAGAGACUUCCUGUUCGAGCGGAGAGACCUGGCCAUCGACUUCAUCUUCUGCCUCGCCCUCAUCGAGGUCCUCAAGCAGAUUCCAGUGCAUCCCGUGCCUGACUCAAUGGUGCAUGAAGUUGUCAACUUGGCUUUCAAGCACUUCAAGUACCGAGAAGGGUAUUCGGGUCCCAACAUCGGCAACAUGCACAUCAUCGCUGACCUCUAUGCAGAGGUCAUCGGAGUGCUGGCACAGUCCAAGUUCCACACGGUACGCAAGAAGUUCGUGACGGAGCUGAAAGAGCUGCGCCAAAAGGAGCCUACCCCACAGGUGUCGCAGUGCAUCAUCAGCCUCAUCAUGGGCAUCAAGUUCUUCCGCGUCAAGAUGUACCCCGUGGAGGAAUUCGAGGCCUCAUUCCAGUUUCUGCAGGAGUGCGCUCAGUACUUCCUGGAGGUCAAAGACAAGGACAUCAAGCACGCUCUGGCCGGCAUCUUCGUCGAGAUCCUGGUGCCGGUGGCCGCUGCCGUGAAAAACGAGGUGAACGUGCCGUGCCUGAAGAACUUUGUCGACGUGCUGUACCAGACGACGUUCGACAUGUCCUCGCGCAAGAAGCACUCGCUGGCUCUCUUUCCGCUGGUCACGUGCCUGCUGUGCGUCAGUCAGAAGGCCUUCUUUCUCAACAACUGGCACAUCUUCCUGGCGAGCUGUCUGUCGCACCUCAAGAACAAGGACCCCAAGAUGUCUCGCGUGGCGCUGGAGUCUCUGUACCGGCUGCUCUGGGUCUACAUGAUCCGCAUCAAGUGCGAGAGCAACACUGCCACGCAGAGCCGCCUGAGCAGCAUCGUCAGCGCCCUCUUCCCGAAGGGGUCACGGAGCGUCGUGCCGAGAGACACGCCACUCAACAUCUUCGUGAAGAUCAUCCAGUUCAUUGCCCAGGAACGCCUGGACUUUGCCAUGAAGGAGAUCAUUUUCGACCUCCUCAGUGUGGGGCGGUCACCCAAGACCUUCAGCAUCAACCCAGAGCGGAUGAACAUCGGGCUGCGGGCCUUCCUGGUCAUAGCUGACAACCUGCAGCAGAAGGACGGCGAACCGCCCAUGCCCACGACUGUCGGGGUGCUGCCGUCGGGCAACACGCUGCGCGUCAAGAAGACCUUCCUGAGCAAGACGCUCACCGACGACGAGGCCAAGAUCAUCGGCAUGGCUCUGUACUACCCGCACAUGCGGCGCGCGCUGGACAGCAUGCUGAGGCAGCUCGACAAGGAGGUGGGGCGGGCCAUGGCGCUCACCAACGUGCAAAUGCACAACAAGGAGCACCGAGGACAUGAUCACGUGAGCGGCGAGGGGUCGGGGGUGGGGGGCCAGGGGUUGGAGUUUCCUGGAGGGGAGGGAGGGGGUCAGGGGGGGGUCAGACGGGGUCAGGUACCGCUGAGGGGUUCGUGGCGUUAG